GAUCUAACCCCCGUAACGCCGGCGACUUCGUUCUCAUCUGCAGAUCCCCUUACGCAGCUUCUCUUGCAGGUAUUGCGUGCUUGCAGUUCUCGCCCAGUUGGACAGCACAUUCUUAACAUGGGCGACGUGUUCGUCAAGCGUAUUCGAAUAGAUUACGAUAUCGUCAAGAUAAGCCACGCAAUAUACGUCCAAAAUAUCACUGAGGGCUUUGUUGAUAUAAGAUUGGAAAGUCGCAGGGGCGUUGGGGCAGCGGAUACCGAUUCUUGA